AUAAUUUGUGGUAUAUAGCAGUAGUUCGUGGUAUAAAGUAUAACAUCCUUAUAAUUUUUCACUAAUUUGGAAUCCACAUUCCACAGUCCACGGUCUCGCCAGUCACCAGCAUCCACGUUUCUUAAUCCAUUACUUCAUUCUCCCACAGACUUUAAACAAAAUUUUAAUCUGUGUAGCGUACUAGCUUCUAUUCUCCCGAAUUUAUUUUCAUAGUUAGUGUCUCAUAUAAUAAUGAUAUAUUUGCGUCAAAUUUUUCACACUAGCAUUUAAAUAGGCCACAGCCUACAACAGUUCCAUCCAUAUUCCAUAGUAUAAUAAUAUGAUCUAAGUUGUAGUUCCUGUACUCUCUUGAUAACGGUAUCAAUAUGCCUAAAUAUUCUUUAAUUGAGAGUAAGUUACGUCGAUAUUUAUACUUGGGGCACGAAUAUUGUAUAUAUGUUCCUCCUUCAAUUCGAACUUCAUUUUGGAAGGAAAAUCAUCAUGAUGAUGUUACUGGUGUGAGGAUAAUUGGAAAAAUUGUUAAAAAAAAUAAAACUGAAGAGAUUAAUUCAAUAGUUCCAAUAAUUUUAAAGAUUAAAAAAGAAGAUAAACUUCUUGAUGAUCGGCUCCUGAUUUUUGCAUUGGCCGUGUGUGCCAGAUUUAAUUUGGAACCAUGUGUAAAAAUGGUUGCUGACGCUUAUGCAGCAGUCUCUACAAUAUGUACAGAUGGAUUAAAACUAUUGAUGUUUGUUAAAUUCAUCAAAAUAGCUGAUAAUAUCCUUUUUGAUCAGGGUUUUAUAACCAUUAUGUCUAAUGGCCAUGGUCGUGGUUUUGCCAAAUCUAUGACUAACUGGUAUUUAAAAAGAGAUCCAUUACUAACUACAGAGCACAUAGUAAGGAAUAAAUGUUAUGAUGGUUGGAGUCAUAAAGAUGUGAUGAAACUUAUUCAUCUUCAUUCCACUGAACCAUGUCGUAUUAUGUACAUUGUCUACACUUUAAGUGGUAUCGAAAAGGUUGAAAAAUUAUUUGGAUCUAAAAUGAAAGACGUUUGUAUUGAAGAUAUAGAUGAAACAUUUGAAAAUAAGCAAUUAAAAUUUAUUUACAACUUUUUAAAACAAGUAGAAAAUAUAAAAAAAAUGGAUGAGCAUGCAUUGCGGUAUGAAAUUGAAUUAAAUAGAUGGGGUAAGGAACCUGAAGUUAUACCGCAAAAAAUGCUAAAAAGUUCAACUAUUUUAACUUCACUCGUUAUGCAUUUGCCGUUAGAGAAACUUUUGGAGAACACAUUUUUUUUUGCUAAAAACAGAUUAUUUAACAAUUCGACACCCGAUGUAGGGCUUUGGGAGUAUAUUUUACGCUUCAACAACUCAAUUCUAUUAAAAACAUCACAAAUUCAUCCAAUUGAACCGUUUAUACAAUAUGCUAAAUAUGCUAGAACAUGCAUGAAUAUCUUAAAGUUACAAAAUAAUAUUAUGAAAAAAGAAGAAGAAAAAUCUGUAAUUGAAUCAAUUGAUAAUAAAUUAAAAGUGAUAGUAAAGUUACAAAAAACACCAGAUAAAGAAGAAGUUAAUGAUGUUAAUCAAAACCAACCGUCAAAUUUUUAUAUGACGAAACCAGUUCCAAAAUUAGUGGACCAGCUGAUGACAUUUUUAUCAGAAGAUCUGGUUAAAAAAACUUGCGAAGUCUUAGAUCCUUUAGGCCUUCGUAUAAUGAUAACAUAUGACAGUCGAAUAUGUAUGAAGGCAUCAAUGUGUGCAUGUUCACGAUUGAUCAAGGUGCAUGAAGCUAUUACAUUAAUAAUAUUGUCUUUAAUUUACCCAGAAAAAUUAGAUAAUAAACCAACUGUAUAUGGUUUAAAUUCAGAUAUAAAUUCAUCUAAGGAGAUCGAAAUUGAUUAUAACCAACCUUUGACUUUUUCCUCUUUAGAAUCCAUAUUGUUUAAAGAACCUGGUUGUAUAGGUUCAGACUCAGUAGAUUCUGAUAAAAAAGAUAUUCCUCAAGUUUAUCCUCAUAUGUCUUUUAAGUGGGCUAAAGAAAAUAAUAAAGAAUUUGAUGUAUUUGUAUUUUUGGGAAAUAACAAAAUGAAUUUAAGACUUUUUAAAAGAAGUAUGAAAGGAUAUCAAACACAUUUUAAAAACCCGGUGAAAAUUAUUUUACUUUGUCUAAAUGGAAAACAUUAUGAUCAAAUUAAUCUAGGUCGAAGAAAUACAUUGUUUAUUAUUGGAUUUGAUAAAAAUGUUGGAAAAUUAAUUAAUUCCUUUAUAAAAGAUGAUUUUUAAAAAUUAAAAUACAUUAUGUUGUUUUAAGAUUAAGAGAAUUCAGUUGGUAAUUUCAUAUUAACUUAUUAUAAUACUUAUAUAAUAUAUUUUUUAUUUGUAUAACAUUGAUAAGUUUAAUACACUAUUAAAAUAUACUUUCAAAUUUUUGCACUACUGUUAAAUGUUAAUAAACAAUAAUAAAUAUUCUGAACGUAUCUAAUGAGAGAGCUUUGAAUUUACAUCAAUGUUGUUAAUACAGUUAAUGCUUUGUAUUAAAACUGUACAAUAUUACUUUAUUAGAUAUUAUAGUAUCAACUAUUUUCUAUAAA